CGACGAUGUCUAGGUAUAUAAAGAGCAGCAACACAAUGCAAAAACACAACAAAAGCUCUUGAUUAACUCUCUUUCUUCUUCUCCUCAAGAGCAGUCUUGCUACUAUUUCCCUCAAAAGCUUCAUGGAAACAGAAGUGGCUUAUGAUUUGUUUCCGAUGGCAAGGGUUUACAAGGAUGGCCGAGUGGAGAGAUUCAUGGGCACGGCCACCGUCCCUCCAUCGCUCGAUGAGAAAACUGGAGUACGAUCAAAAGAUGUCGCCAUUUCAUCGGACUCCACCGUGUCGGCAAGACUUUACAUCCCAAAAGCAGCAGUCGACUCUCUCCAAAAGCUCCCUGUACUCGUGUACUUUCAUGGAGGAGGCUUCAUAGUUGAAACGGCGUGGUCACCACUUUACCACAACUAUCUCAAUGCCCUAGUUGCAGAGGCUAACAUCAUCGCCGUCUCCGUAGAUUUUAGAAGGGCACCAGAGCAUCCUCUUCCUGCAGCUUACGAUGAUUCGUGGACUGCCCUCAAAUGGGUGGCCUCUCAUUUUGCCGGAAACGGCCCUGAGGAGUGGUUGAAUUCUCAUGCCAAUCUCAAGAAGGUGUUUAUGUCCGGAGACAGCGCCGGAGGUAACAUAGUUCACAACAUGGGCAUCCGUCUGGGAGAGGAAAAGCUAAAUGGAAUUGGAUUCCCCGAUGCUAUUAUGGUGCAUCCUUAUUUCUGGGGCAGCAAACCAUUGCCAUUGGAGACCACCGAACCCGAGAAGAGGGCCUUUGCAGAGAGGUUCUGGCUCAUGGCGAACCCAACGACUGCCGGGUGUGACGACCCACUACUUAACCCAGCAAACGACCCGAGGCUCUCGGGUUUGGGUUUCAAUCGGGUCCUGAUUUGUGUUGCUGAAAAGGAUACGCUGAGAGAUAGGGAUUGGUACUACAAGGAGUUGUUGAGUAAGAGCGGAUGGGGUGGAGUUGUGGAAGUGAUGGAAGCACCGGGGGAGGAUCAUGUGUUUCAUUUGUUCAAUCCCAGCUGUGAUAAUGCUGCGAAGAUGAUGAAGAAAUUGGCCUCCUUCAUGAACGAGGACAAAUAGGGUCAAAGGUAUUACUGUUUAUUAGUACCUUCCUUUGUCUGCAGGGCCAAUUCUUGCUAACUCUUAUCUCUAUUUGUACUAAAGGACAGAAUCUUGUUUUGUAUUUGCCAGCAACUCUGUUCCGUGCGCGUUAAUUUUCGUAUAUGGUUUGUAAUUUAAAUCUGGUUGGUAAAAUCAUGUCUAGGCAUAUCAAAAACAGAAACAUAAUGCAAGAACACAACAUAAACUCCUGAUUAAA